GUAGUGUAACGAUGAAACAUCUAGUCAGUUUACUCUUAUUCGUUCUAUUGACUGAUAAAUAUGAAGGUGCCAAGAUACUGGGCGUUUUUAUUCUUUGCGGAAAGAGUCAUUAUCAUUUGGGAAAUUCAUUGAUGCGUGGUUUGGCAGAAGCUGGGAAUGACGUCACUAUGAUCAGCCCCUUCGAAGAUAAAGAUCCUACAGAAAAUGGAUCAUACAGGAAUGUCGUAUUGACAGGAAUAGCCGAUGGAUACGAAGAUCAUUUGAAGCGGCUCAACCUCUUCGGUGGGAAUGACUUCAAUUCGUUUACUCACAUAGUCGGAUUCCACAAAUCUGUUUAUAGCCAAGUGAAAAGGGCCUUCGACCAUCCUAACGUUCAGAAACUACUGAACUCGAAUGAACAAUUCGACGCUGUUAUAAUAGAACAAUUCAGCAACGACGCUCUGCAAGUAUUACCUCAUCAUUUCAAUGCGCAUUUCAUCGCUUUCUCGCCAGUAGGGUCAUAUUAUACUGUGAACAAUAUGGUAGGUAAUCCCACGAUGACAUCAUAUACUCCUGGUUUCAUCACCACUUUCUCUAGAGACAUGUCACUGUUCCAACGCAUCUAUAAUACCCUACUGCACCUCAGUCAAUGUUUCCUAGAGUAUUUCGUUCUCCUGGAUAAGUAUGAAAAACUGCUAACCGAGUAUUUUCCGAGUGCCCCCAGUAUAUACGAUUUGCAUUUUAAUGCGUCCCUAGUACUCCUCAAUUCCCAUGAAUCUUUGGGGCAGCCAGUACCUCUGGUUCCUAACAUGAUCAAUAUUGGAGGUUUUCAUGUAAAGCCCCCAAAGGUGCUGCCUGUUGACUUGCAAAGAUACCUGGAUGAGGCUGAGGAUGGAGUUGUUCUCCUAAGUUUCGGUUCAAACUUGAGGAUGCAUAAUAUGGAUGAGGGAAAGAGAAAUGCACUUGUCAAUGCUUUGGGCAAACUCAAACAGAGAGUCUUGUGGAAAUGGGAGAGCGGGUAUGAUUUCGAAUUGCCUCCUAAUAUCAAGAGAGUAAAUUGGAUACCACAAAUGGAUGUAUUGGCUCAUCCUAAUGUCAAACUUUUCGUAACCCAUGGUGGUCUUCUCAGUCAAACCGAAACAAUCUACAAUGGAGUACCAGUUUUGGUUAUUCCUGUAUUUGGUGACCAAGCUAUGAACGCGAAUAAUGCCGUUUAUGAUGGUUACGGAUUGUCCUUGAGCUACCAUGACCCGCAAUUUGGAGAAGCGAAAUUGACUGCAGUGUUGGAGAAAUUACUAAGCGAACCGAGGUAUCAGGAGAAUGCUAAACGAGUAUCUCGUUUGUACCAUGACCGUUAUAUGACGCCAAUGGAAACUGCAGUUUACUGGGUCGAUUACGUCAUACGUCAUCAUGGAGCUCCCCAUUUGAGAGUAGCAGGAGUGAAGUUACCUUGGUACAAAUAUUGUUUACUGGAUGUCUUUGGUGUCAUAGUGAUAUCUUUCGGUUUAGUUAUCAUAUCGUUAGUUUUUUUGUUGAAAUGUAUUUUGAAAGUAUUCCAAAAUAGGAAGACAGCCACGAAACUCAAAGGCAGUUGAUAUUGUUCAUUGUGAAUAAAUAAAGAACAAACAAUAAGUUCAA